GAAAGAAACUGAAGAUGCCAACCGUGGGAGUGAAGAGAGACGAGCUUUUUGAACUGCUCGGUAAAAAAUAUACCGAUGAAGAAUUUGAUCAGUUGUGUUUUGAUUUCGGUGUUGAGCUAGAUGAAAUUACAUCAGAGAAAGAACAGAUAGAAAGAGAACAAGGUAAAGAAAAGGCUGUGGGAGCCUCGGAUGUGGUGGAAUAUAAAAUAGAUGUUCCUGCUAACAGAUAUGAUAUUCUAUGUGUAGAAGGGUUCUCUCGUGGUUUACUUGUUUUCUUAGAAAAAUUGAAAGCACCACGAUAUAAAGUAGUUGAACCUAGUGGAAAGAAACAUCAAAUGACUGUUCUUCCUUCAACAGAACAAGUCAGACCAUACGUGGUAGCAGCCAUUUUACGUGACAUCACUUUUACUCAGGACCGAUAUAAAAGUUUUAUAGAUUUACAAGAUAAACUUCAUCAGAAUUUAUGUCGUAGAAGAACUCUGGUUGCUAUAGGAACACACGAUCUAGAUUCUAUUAAAGGACCGUUUGUCUACGAUGCCAAAUCACCAGCUGAUAUCAAAUUUAGACCUUUAAACCAAGAUAAAGAAUAUACAGGACAAGGCAUCAUGGAGUUGUAUUCCAAAGACAACCAUAUAAAACAUUUUUUACCAAUCAUAGAAAAUAAACCAGUAUAUCCUGUGAUUUAUGAUAGUAAUAAUAUCAUCUUAUCUAUGCCUCCUAUUAUUAACGGUGAUCAUACGAAGAUAUCAGUAAACACGAAGAGUGUUAUAGUAGAAUGUACUGGAACUGAUUUACAUAAAACUGAAUUAACUCUAGAUACUGUUGUCUGUAUGUUCUCUCAAUAUUGUCUUAAACCUUUCACUGUAGAACCAGUAGAAGUUAUCUACCCUGACGGAACUAAAUUCAAUUAUCCUAAAUUACCGUAUAGAUUUGAAGAAGUUAAUGUUGAAAGAAUAAAUAAACAAGUUGGAAUUAAUAUCAGUGCUGAAGAUAUGGCCAGGUAUUUAACUAAAAUGUGUUUACAAUCAGAAGUUUUAAAAGACGGUAAAAAUUUACGAGUUGAAAUUCCACCCACUCGUUCUGAUAUAUUACAUACAUGUGAUAUUAUGGAAGAUGUUGCUAUUGGUUACGGUUUUAAUAAUAUAAUUAAAACUAUUCCUGAUACUAACUGUAUAGCUAAUCAGUUCCCGUUAAAUAAAUUAACAGAUUUAUUACGACAAGAAAUAGCCGGUGCUGGUUUUACUGAAGCUCUUACAUUCGCUCUGUGUUCACGAGAUGAUAUAGCUAGUAAACUUGGUAAGAAGAUAGAAGAUACAGGAGCUGUUCAUAUAGCCAACCCAAAAACAUUGGAAUUUCAGGUAGCGAGAACAACUCUAUUACCAGGUGUAUUAAAAACAGUUUAUAAUAAUCAGAAUAUGCCAUUACCAUUAAAACUCUUUGAAAUAUCAGAUGUAGUUUAUCAAGAUCCUGCGAAAGAUGUUGGAGCUCGUAAUGAACGUCGACUCUGUGCUAUACAUUAUAAUAAAUCAUCAGGUUUUGAGGUAAUUCAUGGUUUAUUAGACAGGGUGAUGAAAUUACUAGAAAUACCCUACGAUAAGAAAGAUGGUUAUUAUAUCAAGGCUUGUGAUGAUUCUACGUAUUUCCCUGGUAGAUGUGCUGAUAUUAUGGUGAGAAAUGAAUCAGUUGGUAAACUAGGAACUCUCCAUCCCGACGUCAUCACUAAGUUUGAUUUAAAUCAACCAUGUUCAGCUCUAGAAAUUAAUAUUGAACAUUUUUUAUAAUUAUUAAAUAUUUAAAAAAUUCAUGUCUCGGACGUUUUGUAGUAUUUCAAUUUCUUAACCUAUUUAUGGCAAGAUAACAGAUGUGAUGUCAUAACAACAUAAAUAAUGUAAUGUUAUAUUUAAAAUACCAUCAUAAAAUAAAUUAUUACUGAUAUCU